GACACCAGGACCCUUUUACAGAUGCUGAAAAUGGCAUCAUCCUGGAAGCCUUGCAUCAAUACUGUCAACUUCUGCUGUCCAGGGGAAGGGGAAGGGGAAACAGGGAAGAACAAACAACAUUGUGUGCUUAUCUGGUUCACGAUAUGAAUGCUAUUGGUCACCAGAGCAGGACAUAUGAACAUGUGCAACACAGUGCUACUGAUAUGAUUCAUGCUGCACACCGAAGAGCAAUGGACAUGGCCAGGGAUUGUGGUGUCACUGGUGGAGGCCCUGUGGCAGAAAAGCCACUGUCAGCCACUGAGGAAUUCCUGAUGAACCUAGGAACACAGAACAGCUCCCAGGCAUCCAUCUCUCAAUAUGUCAUGGAUGUGGGUGCCACAGUUUCCAUGCAAGAGGAACAUCCAGAUAACAUAUUAACUGGACAUGUUAUCAUGAAAAACAAACUCUGGAGAUUGAAAAUUUGCCAGCUGUUAUCUGGAGAAUGAAAAUUUGCCAGCUCUUAUCUUGCCAGAGAUUACAUCACAGUUUUCUCUCCUAUACUGCAAGCACUUUACAUGUUAGACAUUAAAUCUCAACAGCACAUCACUUUACUGGCUUCUUAAAAUUUGUUUCAUAUUUCCUUUAAAAUGGUCCAAUUCUGGUAUUCUCUCUUAGCUCUCAUGAUAGUGCUUCUCGUGUGGAAAUGGAAGAGACCAAGAAAUUUCCCACCUGGACCUUGGGCUUUACCUAUAUUAGGGAACUUUCUGCAGGUGGAUUUCAGGAACCCCAUGACAGACUUGGAAAAGAUAGCUAAAAAAUAUGGGAAUAUCUUCAGUAUCUACAUGGGAAGCAAUCCUGUGGUGAUUCUUCAUGGUUACAAGACAGUGAAGGAAGCUUUGGUAGACUAUGCUAUAGAAUUUGCGGACAGGCCAAAUGAUCCACUAUUCUUUGCAAUGAGCAAUGAUAAAGGCAUUGCCUUUGCCCCUUAUGGAGAACAAUGGAAAGAGAAAAGGAGAUUCAUGACAAUGCUACUAAGGAAUUUUGGGAUGGGAAAAACAUCAAUGGAAUCAAGAAUCCAGGAGGAGCUGAAAUGUUUAAUGAAAUGUUUUGAUGAUAAGGAAGGAUGUAGCUUUCAGCCUCAGGAAAUGCUCAGAAAUGCUGCAGGAAAUGCUAUAUGUGCUGUACUGUUUGGACGUCGUUUUGAUUACAGUGAGAAAAAGUUCAACAGACUCAUUCAACUUGCUGUCGAUCUUACAAAAAAUAUUAGUGGAAUUUGGGGAGAGCUGUACCGUGCCUUUCCUGUCAUUGGACACCUUCCACUACCAUGUCAAAGCAUUUUCACUACUCUGUCCAAACUUAAAUGUUUCCUGAUGGAGAUUGUAGAAGAGCACAAAAAGACAAUGAAACCUGGUGAGCCAAGGGAUUGCAUUGACUGCUACUUAGAAGAAAUGAAAAAGAGACAGAACACAGGUUCUUCCAUAGAUGAUGAAAGUCUGAUUCCUAUAUUUCUUGAGCUCUUCGUAGCUGGAUUUGAUACUACAGCAAACACUUUGGAAUGGGCAUUAUUGUUUAUGAUGACAUACCCUCAUAUUCAAGAAAAUUGCUAUAAGGAAAUUAAAUUGGUGAUUGAUGAAAAGAAAGAAGUCACUUACGAGGACAGGCACAAGAUGCCAUAUAUCCAGGCAGUUACUCAUGAAAUCCAGCGCUUUGGAACGGUAUUUCCUCUUGGUGUUCCUCAUGAUGUUACAAAGGAAACAACAUUUCUUGGGUAUACCAUCCCAAAGGGCAUCAGGGUGAUGGCUAACUUAAGCUCAGUGCUCUUUGAUGAAUCCCAGUGGAAAUUUCCUCAUGAAUUCAAUCCCAAGAAUUUCCUAAGUGAUGAAGGAGAGUUUAUGAAACCUGAUGCUUUUCUACCAUUCUCAGCUGGACCACGGGUAUGCAUGGGAGAGAAUCUUGCUCGGAUGCAGUUGUUCCUGUUCUUCACAUCUAUAAUACAAAGAUAUGAAAUUGUGUGGCCUGAAAAAAAUAAGUCUCCAGAUCUUACUCCAAGAUUUGGUCUAACACAGUGUCCCAUUUCUUUUAAUGUAUUACUCAAGCACAGAAGAUGUUGAGACACUUCUACAUUUCUCUUAUUGAGAUGGUUAGUGCAUCAUAUUUGUAAAAGGAAAUGCAUCUUUGCGCUAUGUAACUGAUAAAGUGAACUGUUUGUAUCUUAGUCUGUGUUACACUGUGCUGUGGUUUACAUGAAGUGAUUAUUUUAUUAAAGCCUUCAUUACUGCUAGCCAAUGAGAAAAAUAUAAGAUGUAAAUAUAACUGAUUUUAGCUCUUCACAUGUAAUAUGGAUACUAAACUGAGUUUUGGCUGCCUGAGUUAGUGGUAAUUCAUCCUGUAACACUUGUCAAUAAAAGGCCAACGAGAUUUAUUAAAGGCAAUUUAAAAAGCAGGUAUAUAAAAUAAUGUAAAAGCAAUAGGAAAAUGUGUGAAAAGUUCACAACAGAAAUCAAUAAUGCCCACAUAAGGGUUCCUGUUUGUCUGAAAGCUUGUGUUAUUGCAAAACCUAUGUUGAUCUAAUAAAAGGUAUCAUAUAACA